AUGGACAAAUUAUUUAUUUUAUUAAUUUGCAUGUUCAAAUGUUGUUUGACAUUCGAGGGAAAUUUGGAGCUCAAAAAAUUAGGAGAGAAAGAAUAUUUGUUAUUGAAAGCGAAAUCAAAUUUACCUGUACAUGGACCAUGCUGGCAUAAAGCAUUAAAGGAAUUAAAAAAUAAUUGCAACAAAUUAAAUGAUCAGGAACACUCAUUACUAGCAUUAAGACUAGCAAAUUGUUUUUUAGAAGAUUCAGGGCAUAUAACAUACGACUGUCAUUUCAGUGAAACGGAAGCUGAUCGAAGACAAUGCAUCAAUAGUAUGUCUGACCGAGCUUUUGGAGUUUACAAUGAAUUUUACACUCAUACUACUCACAUUUGUUUUUAUUUAAACCAUGAACUCUGGCAAAUUGAAACUGAAAGAACUUUUCAAAAUUUGUACGCAGCUUCAUCAAAAAUGACAGAACAGUUGGUCGAAGCUUCAAAGGUUCAGGGUUCAAUGCUCGAGAGUCAAAAGGAAGGGUUGAAAAUCCAAAAUGAGUUAUUAGUCAAUGGGAAAGAACUUGGUACUGUUAUAAAAACAUCUGCGAAUUCAGUGAACGAGAUGGUGUUGGACUUCAAAGAAAGUUCUAAAAGUCAGCAAGCAUUGCUGAAUGAAAUAUUUUCAUACAUGCGCGCUUUCCAAGACUGGAUUGUUGGAGAAGUUUCUUGGUUCCAGUCAAUUGUUUAUUAUUCGAUAGCUUGCAUCAUUUGUGCAUUAUUUAGUUCUUCUAAGAGAACAGCCGAUUCUAGGAUAACUCUUUUUGUAGUACUUAGUUUGAAUGUCACCUUAGAGAGAAUGCUAGUUCAAUACAAUAUUAAUGUUACGAGCCCAGAAGAUAAGAUCCAAUUAGCUUAUUACACAUGGGGAUUAAGAAAAAUAGUAUUAUUAUUAUGCAUGAGUAUUUUACUUUACUCUUAUUACUCAUACCGAGACGAGCACAUGGAAAAUAACCGAGUAUUGAGAAGAAUUGAAAAAAAAUUGCAUGCGCUACAAGAAGCUCCUCAACCUUUCAGAUAUAGAACGCGGCUGGCCGUAAAAAGACUGAACGAAUCUAAAGGAGCUUCUACGGAAGAAAGUCUUAAGAUCAUCUGGCAUGAUCUUAAAUGUGAGGAGAUGGACCGAUUAGAAGGAACGCAUUUUUACGGCCAGCGAGCACAUAUAUUUAUAACACUUGGUGCAUCAGGUGAUUUGGCGAAGAAAAAAAUCUAUCCAACUCUCUGGUGGUUAUUCCGCGAUAAUUUAUUACCAAAAACCACAACAUUCUUUGGUUACGCGCGUAGUAAAUUAACUCUGCAGGAUUUGCGUGACAAGUGUCACCAGUACAUGAAAGUAAAGCCCGGAGAGGAAGAAAAGUACGAAGCAUUUUGGAAACUAAACUACUAUGUCCAAGGACCUUAUGACUCUGAUAAAAGUUUUGAGCAUUUAAACAGCGAGCUGAUGAAGUUUGAAAAUGGUUCUGAAGCAAAUAGAUUAUUCUAUUUAGCUCUUCCGCCUUCGGUUUUUGAAGAAGUUACCGUGCAUAUUAAAAAUAAGUGUAUGGGUAAAAAAGGUUGGACUCGAAUAAUUAUCGAGAAACCGUUUGGUCGCGACGCGCCAUCAUCUCAGCGCUUGUCAGAUCAUCUGGCUUCUCUGUUCAACGAAGAACAAAUUUACCGAAUAGACCAUUAUCUAGGAAAAGAAAUGGUUCAAAAUUUAAUGACUCUCAGGUUUGGUAAUAGAAUAUUCAGCCCUACUUGGAACCGCGAUAAUAUCGCGUCGGUACAAAUUACUUUUAAGGAGCCUUUUGGUACGCAAGGACGAGGUGGAUAUUUUGACGAAUUCGGGAUAAUACGAGACGUGAUGCAGAAUCAUUUGCUGCAAAUUUUGUCUCUAUUUGCUAUGGAAAAACCAGCUUCUUGUUGUCCCAAUGAUAUAAGAAAUGAAAAAGUUAAAGUUUUGAAAUGUAUUAAGCCAUUGGAGCUUGACGAUGUAGUCCUAGGACAAUAUGUUGGUGAUCCUGAUGCAGAAGAUCCUGAAGCAAGACUAGGAUAUCUUGACGAUCCAACAGUUCCAUCCAAUUCGACAACUCCAACUUACGCAGCAGCGGUUUUGAAAAUAAAUAACGAGCGAUGGGACGGCGUUCCAUUUAUUCUUAAGUGUGGAAAAGCAUUGAAUGAACGUAAAGCAGAUAUACGGGUGCAAUAUCGAGACGUACCUGGAGAUAUAUUUGACGGAAAAGCUAAAAGAAAUGAAUUAGUCAUCAGAGUUCAACCGGGUGAAGCUCUGUACAUAAAGAUGAUGACUAAAACCCCAGGAAUAACAUUUAACAUGGAAGAAACUGAGCUAGAUCUCACUUAUGACAAAAGAUACAAGAAUAUAAAGCUUCCUGAUGCUUAUGAACGAUUAAUAUUAGACGUAUUUUGUGGAUCUCAAAUGCAUUUCGUACGAAGCGACGAACUAUCGGAAGCAUGGAGAAUAUUCACUCCUCUGCUUCAUCAAAUCGAAAACGAAAGAAUCCCUCCGAUUCCUUACAAGUACAAAUCUCGUGGACCAAAAGAAGCCGAUGCGAUGGCUAAGAAAAAUAAUUUCGUUUACUACGGAUCUUAUAAAUGGCCAGAACAUCGUUAA